AUGCCUAAGGUUGUGAUUAUUUCCUCUGAUGAGGAGAAAUUUCCUGUUGAUGUGGAGGUGGCCACCAAGUCCGUUCUUAUCAAGAACAUGAUUUCUGACUUGAAGCCCGAUUUGGAAGAGGACGACGAGGACUUCGAGAUCCCAACUCCCAACGUCAGAGCCAACGUUUUGGCCAAGGUUUUGGAGUGGUGUGAGCACCAUAAAAACACAAUCUUCCCAGAUGAUGACGACGAGGAUGCCAGAAAGUCGGCUCCUGUGCAUUCGUGGGAUAGAAACUUCUUGAAGGUCGACCAGGAGAUGUUGUAUGAGAUCAUCUUGGCUGCCAACUAUUUGAACAUCAGACCCUUGUUGGAUGCCGGCUGUAAGAUUAUUGCCGAGAUGAUCAAGCACAAGUCCCCCGAGGAAUUGAGAAAGACGUUCAACAUUGUGAACGACUUCAGCCCUGAGGAGGAGGCGGCUAUCCGUAAGGAGAACGAGUGGGCUGAGGACAGGUGA